AUGACAAACGAUACUGCCAUUGUCCGCCUGCUCUAUUCCAUUCUGAGCCAGAAAUGUCUCAAGGACAUUGACUGGAACAAAGUGGCCCAGCACCCGAUCCUGAACCAAGAAGUCACCAAUGGUCACGCCGCGCGAAUGCGGUAUUCCCGCUUCAAAAAGCAAAUGGACGGAACCACUGGCGUGGUCCGCCGUCCUCGCAACACCAAUUCCCCGCGAAAGAGCAAGGUCGAAAAGAACAAGGCCAUUAGCAAGGAGAAAGGCCGGAAACUUUUCAAGAAUGAAGAUGACGACGGCGAGGAUGAUAUGCGGAGGGUGAAAGUGGAGCACCCAGAUAUGGGUCCUAGCGGCGCUGAAGGGGAAGAAGAAGUUGGAAUGGGACAGGUCAGAAUUAAGACUGAGCUGCGAGACCGAGAGCGCGAACGCGAAUCAAGUUAUAUGCCGAGCACGCCCUUCAUGUCUCAUUCGCAAAUCUCGACUCCAGGUUCAAGCCAUAGCUACACUAGGCCGGGCUUUGGCGAAAUUCCCAGCAUGCAUGAUAAUAUGACGCAUAGCUUUGAGGUGCCUCCCUCGUCAAUGGAGAGCAUCUAUCAGCCCAUGAUGAGCGGCCCUUAUGGCAUGACGCCUAUGGAGAUGAGCGAACACUUCGGUAAUAGUUGGACAGCAAGCCCAUCAACUCCGAUUACUCCGAAUACCAUGCCAUUCCAGGGUCAGGUGAUCGGUGAGGGUCAGGAUGAGGUGUUGGUCAAGACUGAACCAAGAUGGGAGGAGGCAUAUCGACAUUUGUGA